GUAUGUGUGAUCAUUUUGUGGUAGGGAGGGGCUGAGUAGGAGCACAAGUACACUGAGGGAGAGAUAGGGAAGUCUGACCAGGCUGUCAGAUGGAUACUGCAGCACCUCAAAGCAUCAGAUGUUCCUCUCUCCUGGCUGUGAUCAUUCUCUUCUGUCCUCCACCAUCAUGGAUCUCUUGUUUGUCACAAGAGGAUUUAUGAUAUUAAACAGAACAGUUGCUCUGACUGACACCAGCUAUGCCCUUCAAGUGGAUUUCUGAAACAAGCUAGACUCCUUCAGUAUGCUGAACUAUCCGUCACCUCCCAUACGUCAGUGGCUCUUACUUUCCCUCCUGUUGUUGGUGUGUGGUUUGAACAAGGCAGCCUGUUCUCUUGGGGAGGGCAGGAAGAUUUGGCAGCAACCCAAGCCAGGCCCCAUCCUCAAAGACCAGUCUUUCCUUCAUGAUGCCUUCCCUUCAGGAUUCCUUUGGGGUUCGGGGACGUCUGCCUUCCAGACGGAGGGAGCCUGGGAUCAAGAGGGGAAAGGCCCAUCCAUCUGGGACCAUUUCACCCACUCCACUGUCAGUGCUAAUUUGGCAACUGAGACUGCCAACGUGGCUAGUGACAGCUACACUCGCUGGGAAGAAGAUGUGGAGGCACUAGAGUAUCUAGGUGUAAGAUCAUAUUCUUUCUCUCUCUCUUGGCCCAGACUCUUUCCUGAUGGGAAUGCCAGAGGUCAGCCCAAUACAGCUGCUGUGGAGCAUUACAGCUGUCUCAUAAAGAGGCUUCUGGAAAAGAAAAUUGAGCCCAUCGUCACUCUCCAUCACUGGGACCUGCCACAAAUCCUACAGGAGCACCAUGGAGGCUGGAAAAAUGACACACUGGUGGGACUGUUUGAGGAGUAUGCUGCAUUUUGUUUCCACACAUUUGGGAGCCGUGUUAAGUACUGGCUCACAAUGCAUAAUCCAUACCUGGUGGCUGUACAGGGGUAUGGGACAGGUGUGCACGCACCUGGAGAAACAGGGGGUCCUGCUGGCUCUCUCAUUGUGGCCCACAACCUGAUCAGGGCACACGCCAAAGCAUGGCACACCUACGACACCCACUUCCGUCCAACUCAGAUGGGUAAAGUAUCCAUUGUUUUGGGAUCCCACUGGGUUGAGCCUCAAAGAGGCCAAGCCACAGCUGCUAAUGUUGACCUUUGCCAGCAGUCAAUAGAGGCUGCCCUUGGCUGGUUUGCCAACCCCAUCUUUGGUGAUGGGGACUACCCAGUCUCUUUAAAAAUCAAGCACGGGGCCCUCCUGCCCACAUUCUCCCCUGAGGAGAAGCUCUGGGUGCAGACAACGGCUGACUUUUUUGCUCUGUCCUUCGGGCCUAACAACCUCCGUCUGGGCCGUGCCCUGGUCCAGUAUGGGCAGACUGUGACCCCAGACCUGAGGCGCGUACUGGGCUGGAUAAAGCUGGAGUAUGGGGACCCAAGGGUGAUGGUGGCUGAGGGAGGCUGGUUUUCUGAAGCCAGUGUGGGAAAGGAGGACACAGUGGCCAUUUACCUGAUGAAGAGGUUUAUCAACCAGGUCCUGCAAGCUAUCAAGUUUGAUGGUGUGCAGGUGUUUGGCUACUCCGCAUGGUCACUGGUGGAUGGAUUUGAGUGGAAUUAUGGCUUCACUGUUAGGCGAGGCCUUUUCUACAUUGACUUUAGCCAACCAAACCGAACCAGGACCCCCAAGACCACUGCUCAGUACUACAGGCGUGUUGUCGCUGACAAUGGUUUCCCGAGUGAUGAAACCUCCAGAGAGCUCAAAGGCCGUUUCCCCUGCGAAUUUCACUGGGGUAUUGCUGACUCCACUUUACAGGUCCACUUCUACCCUUUCUCACCACAGUUUACUGACCCCCAUUUGUACAGCUGGAACGUGACAGGAGACGGAUCAUUGCAUCCAGUCCCAGGGGUGACGAUCCACACCAGACGAACCCAGUGCACUGAUUACUUGGCCAUUCGUGGUCAUCUUCACCUGUUUGCGUCCACUGGGGCAUCUCACUACCGCUUCGCCCUAAACUGGUCUCUGAUUUUACCCCAGGGAGACCUCUCUAAUGUGAACACUGAAGCUCUGAGGUACUACCGCUGUGUCCUGACCGAGCUCAAGAAGCUGGACCUGCAGGCUGUCGUUAUUAUCUACUACCCCACACACAGAGCUCCAAAUCUGGGCUUGCCUGGGCCACUGCAUGCCUCUGGUGGUUGGCUCAACUACAGCACAGUGGAGGCCUUUCAGGAAUAUGCAGCACUGUGCUACCAGCAGCUAGGCUCCUGGGUUCCAUACUGGAUCACCAUCAAUGAGCCAAACAGACUGAUAGAUGUUUAUUCCAGUGGGAAAGAGAAGCAUCAGGCAGCUCAUAACCUUCUUCUGGCUCAUGCAAAAGCCUGGAGGCUGUAUGAGAGGGAACACUCUAGUCAACAGAGAGCACUGGUAUCACUCGCAUUACAUGCUGACUGGGCCGAACCUGCAAACCCCUUCCUGGACUCACAUACGGCAGCAGCACAGAGAUUCCUUUUGUUUGAACUUGGUCGCUUCUUAGACCCACUGCUGGGAACUAGAUAUGAGGAGAAGCAUAGCAAGGAGGACUACCCACAAGAAAUAAAGGCAUACCUGGAGGAGAGCGCUCAAGUGAUGGGCCUCCCUGGAUCCCCUAUUCCUAGCUUUACUGAGACUGAGAGGGAGGAGCUAAGAGGGACAUUGAGUUUUAUUGCGCUGAACCAUUUUACCACCCGUUUGGUCAUUCCAUAUCCCUACACACAGGCAAAUUUUCAGCAGAAACAACCCCCUGAUCAUGGCUGUCUGACCCAUUCUGAUCCCACCUGGCCCUCCUCCAGUCAAGGGCAGGCUCUUGUACCCUGGGGCCUGCGGAAGAUCCUGAACUGGGUGAGCCAGAGAUAUGGAGGGGCUCUGCCCAUCAUCGUCACAGCCAGUGGGAUUGAUGACCAGGCUCUUGUGGAGGACAAACUCAGACAACACUUUCUCAGGAGUUAUCUGCAGGAGGCCUUCAAAGCUCACCAAUUAGAUGGAAUCAACCUGCAGGGCUUCUACGUGUGGAAGCUGCAAGAUCAACACGUCCCCCAGUUUGGCCUCUUCACUUCAACCCACCACCAAUCCAAAGCCAAAGCUUCGGUCGCCGUCUACAGAGAAAUCAUCACUCAUGGCGGUUUCCCUGAGAAUAACACCAUGCAGACCUGCAGGUUUAGUGAGCUGCAUGAACCUUGCUCUGUAUGUGAAUGGAUGUUCAAGAACAAAGCGAUGCUGGUCUUUGGAGGUUGUCUCCUAAUAACAUCUGUUAUGUUGGCGGCACUUGUCAUCUUUGUCAUCGUCACCAAGAGAAAUCAAGCAAGAGGCAGGGGGAGGAGGGUGAACAGGAGGAGAAGAAGGGAAGGAGUCCCUGUAUGCUCAUGUCCACCUAUUAAGUGCUGACUGUAGAGACUGUGUUUGGCUCAUUGACAAUAAUGCUUGUAUCUGUGCUUGUGUCAAAUGUGUGAUCAGUUUACCAACAAUUACUUUCAAGAGAAAGUGUCUCCAUUCAUUUUACUGUAAUAACGGGUUAUUUAGAUGGAGGGUGAUUGGUUAGAAGAAUUGUAAAAGCUAUUUUGUUAGUGUGUUUCUACAGUUAAAUGACUAUAAGAUGGCAAUAGAUUUAAUGAAUGCUAAAGACUCUGGCUCACAUGUUGUUCUUUUACAAAAGUUGAUUAUGUGAGCUCUGUGGUUUACUUAUAAAGGAGAAGAAAUGCUUUACCUAACUGCUCACCUUACGUAUGACCUCCAUUAUGGAGAAAAUAUGUCAAUGGCAUGAUUCUAGGGUUGUAAUAAAGGCAGCCAGCGAUAAUUAGAUUGUAUAGAUCAGACUAAAAUGUGACUUUUAUAUGACAUACAAUAAGUUUAGCUCAGAUUUAAUUGUGGAUUGUGCCAAUUUAAAACUUGUAAAACAACUUGUAAAACAAGUUUUAAAAAUGUAUUUUCAAAUGGUAUCCACUUAAUUCAAACAGGAGACAUGAUGUUUGCUGUUUGCCAGACUGAGUCUCCAUGGGACAAUGAUGCCCCCUAGUGUCACAGUUUGAAGCUCUGAUGAAACUAUGAAACUGUCUUUUGUUAAAAAAAAAAUGGGAAGAAAACCAAAAAGUAGUGUAUGCUCAUGUGUUAGUGUCCAGCAAUGUUUUUGACUGUGGGCCAUUGAGAUGGCUUUGCAUUUUAGAAGCUGGCAUGAUUGUUGCUAGCAUGUAACACAUCUCCAUCACUUUGAAUCAGUAGCCUAUAUCUUAAUUGAUUUUCUAAAGUGCUUCUCUGAGGAUUUUCUGGUCACUUAAGAGUAAAGGAUUUUCUUUGAACUUCUAUUUGUCCUUAUCUGUCUUCAAAAGCAUACACCCCAUGAGUUCCAUCUUUGAUUUGUAUGAAGUGUACUGUAUAUGAGAGACAGACACACUGGUUUAACUGGGAUCAACAGAUGAAAAAGAGUUGUUUGCUGUUUACUGCAGCAAUGGAAAGCAACUGACUCUUCAUGUUCACAAGACUGCAUGUGAUACACACUUGAGACUUGAAAACUGCUUACCAGACCAGUGCUGCCUAACUUCAUCUUAGAGCAUUCCUGACUAAAAGUAAGUGAUCACAUGGUAAUGACUGAAUGUAUUUUGAUAGUCAUUGUCUGAAACCCUGUUUAGGUUUGUUCUGAGAACACUUUUAUUUUGCAUUAAAGAUGAUCUAAAAUGGCA